CUCCAGCGGGGUAGAGACAACACCCAAUAGGAAGGUACCGUUGAAGCCCAGGCAGCCAUAACUGAUCAUGGCAACGGGAGUUUACGGGCCUCCCGUCUCCUGUGUGACGUAGUUUUCCCUUCGUCCUAUCCCUCCGUUGCCCUGGCAACAGCUAAGCGGUCUGGGAAGAGAAGCAUCUUUCCUUCACUAGGCUCGAAUAAAAAAUUGUCAGUCAUUUUGGUGAUACCGGGUUGGAUGCCUAAAGCUGCAAAGGAAAAAGACCCGGAGAACUUUCAGGAAAUCCAGCAAUUCAGAUAUGGCAGAGGUGAAGUCCAUGUUCCGGGAAGUUCUUCCAAAACAAGGGCAGUUGUCUGUGGAAGAUAUAACCACAAUGGUGCUGUGUAAACCCAAACUUUUACCCUUAAAAUCUCUAACUAUGGAAAAACUGGAGAAAAUGCAGCAAGCAGCACAAGAAACAAUUCGCCAACAAGAAAUGGCAGAAAAGGACCAACAGCAAAUGACUCGCUGAAUAACUUAGCACUUCUACCUUACUAUUAACAGUAGCUAGAAAAUAAUCCACCUGUAUGCUGAAAGUAGUAUGUGUUAAUAAAACUGAUAUUCAUAUAGGUAAUAUAAAAUACCCAAGACUAAUGAAACUUGCAUGGUUUGUAAUGAAUAUAAGCCAUUAACCAAACUAACCCAAAUCUUGUGUUUUUUUUACCCAAGUUUUUAGAACUACCAAUUAAGUUAGUAUUCACCAUUACUAUUGCACAGCUGAUAACAUUCUUAGGCAUAAGUGACUAAAUACAACUUUUAUAUUCAGAGAAUUUUUAAUGUUUAUUAAAAACUGAAUUUAGAGAUACAUUCGAAUCUUGCAUUAAGUGUUCAUGAUGGACUUUUACAUUACCUAAUUUUUAAAACUUUUUAUGAACUUGGUGUGACAUAUCAUGUUUAAGGCUAUUUUGCCUUAGAUCCUACUGUCAUGACAAAACUCUAUUUCUUAAAAUAAACUUAAGAAACCUCACAUGAGCUUUUAAUUAUACUGAUUUCAAGGACUUAAUGAAUUACUGGCUACCUUUAUCAUCCAGGUAUCAAAACCCUAGAAAUGGAAAACAACAUGGAUUUAAAAGAGCCCAUGAGAUAAACAUGAAAUUCAAUCUGUAGUGUUGGUCCUACAAGAGUGUACUGAAACCUAUAAUAAAUAUAUUCCCAAAAAUACCUUUGUAAAUUCUGAAUAUAAUCCUUGGUUGAUUGGCUGCAAUCAAUAAUAGACAAUUUAAAUUAGCAGACCUUAAGGCCUUCCUGAAUAAUUAAGGCUCUGCAACAGAAGUUAGAAAUGUGAUUAUUCUUCAGAUAAUUAUUUAUUGGUAACUAUUUUCUCAGACACUGAAUAAAUGCAAAACUUUGAGUCUCUUGAAUAAUAUUUUGAGACAUUAUUUGGUAAUAGAACUUACUAAUGAUGAAAAAAGGCCCUGGCUGGUUUGGCUCCGAAGGGUCUCAGGUUCAAUUCCCAGUCAAGGGCAUGUACCUGGGUUGCAAAUUCAAUCCCCGGACCCUACUAGGUCGGGAUGUGUUCAGGAGGCAACCAAUUGAUGUUUCUCUUCUCUUCUCUUUUGCUAAUCCCUUCCUUUUCCCUUCCCUUCAUCCCUUCCACUCUCUCAAAAAAAAUUAAAAAAAAAAAUAAAUGGAAAGAAUAUCCUUGGGUGAGGGUUAACAACAACAAAAAAAGAGAAUGAUGAAAGGUAACAUAUAUUUUAGAAAUUUCAUUAGGCUAUAGAUAAAAACUUUUUUAAAGUAUGCAUGCAUUUCCCAAGUAUAAUAGUAAAAGAAAUUAUUACUAGUGUAUGUUUGAUAUAAAAGUUUGUAAGAAAGUUUAGAUUCACUAGGUUCAAAUGCACUCUCUUAUAUGAUUUUAUUUGCUAUAUGAAUAAAAGUAUUUUUAAAAACCUAAAAUAAAUGUACUCCCAAUAAAGAAUCAACACUGUUUCACAUGUUUUAUUUUGUCAUACAUUCUUCUAGAACCGGGUUCAUUUUUCCAGUUUUGUAGAAAAAUAAAUGUUCCAGCCACCAUUUACUUAACUGUCUAGUCUUUAAGACCAAUCAAUACGUUCUCUGGAAAGAUGAAUAAGUCUCCUGACUAACUCAUUUUCUUAAAAUUCUUUAAGACAAAGAAAUAACUUUUUUUUUACUCCCAAAGCACAGUAUUUCAACAGCAGCAGCCAAAAUGGGGUUUUAGCAGCUUAACUUUACCCCCUAAAUAAAGCUUUGUAUAAACCAGUGAUUUUACUACAAAAACACUGUCCUUGAAAGAAAGGAAUAGCAAUCUGACAUCAAUGCAAAACUUGGAAUGAUUAGGUCAUAAACAUGGCACUUACAAAAGGUAGCUUAUGAGAUCACUCCACUUAAGAAGUGGUUACUUUUCUGUCCCUCCUUUACACCAUCAAAAAAAAAAGAAAAAAAAAAAAAAAAAGGAAA